UAGAAUAUAUUCGCGCCAACCCUUUUUUAUUUCCCCUUUUGCUUUCUAGGGUUUAUCUUUCUCCCUUUGGAUUCCUUUAGCAGCGAGAAAAAAUUCGGGAGAUUUCAAAAAGAAAAUUCAUGGCGUUUGAAUCAUCUCAGGAAACAGAGAAUUUUCUGUGCGAACGAUUACUAGAUCAAAACCAACCAAUUUCUGAGCGUUUUAGAGCUCUCUUCUCUCUUCGCAAUCUCCGUGGCCCUGGACCUCGUCAAGCACUUGUUCUAGCAACGAGAGAUUCUUCAAAUUUGCUUGCUCAUGAAGCAGCAUUUGCACUAGGUCAAAUUCAAGAUGCAGAAGCAGUUCCUGCUUUGAAGGAGGUUCUUGAGGAUUUUUCUUUGGAUCCUAUUGUUCGUCACGAGGCGGCAGAAGCACUUGGAGCAAUUGGCAUAGAGGCUAAUAUACCGCUUUUAGAAAAGAGUUUGAGGUCAGAUCCUGCUCCAGAAGUGCGAGAAACAUGUGAAUUGGCUCUUAGCCGAAUUGAAGAACAGAAGCGUACUAAUCUGAAUGACAAAACAUCCGAUGAACCAGCAUCACCUUUUCUUUCAGUUGAUCCUGCGGCACCGGCUUCAUCUAGCUCAUCUGUAGAUCAACUAAGGGAAGUUCUUCUUAAUGAAGAGAAAAGUAUGUAUGAGCGAUAUGCAGCUCUUUUUGCACUUCGGAACCAUGGAGGAGAAGGAGCUGUAACUGCUAUUAUUGAUUCUUUGGGGGCUGGGAGUGCUCUCCUGCGGCAUGAGGUUGCAUAUGUAUUAGGUCAACUUCAAAAUAAAGCUGCUUGUGAUGCUCUUGCCGUAAUACUUAAGGAUGUUAAUGAGCAUCCGAUGGUCAGACAUGAAGCUGCUGAAGCACUUGGUUCCAUUGCAGAUGAUCGAAGUGUAGAGCUUCUGGAAAAGUUUGUGAAGGAUCCUGAACCUCUUGUUUCUCAAAGCUGUGAAGUUGCGCUCAGCAUGCUGGAGUUUGAAAGAUCUGGAAAGUCUUUUGAGUAUCUCUUCAUGAAGGUACCUCAGGUGGACGCUGUGUAGUGUCAAAACUAAAGUUAAGCUAUUGCUUUAUUAUCUUCAGAGCUACUCCGAGGGGAAGGAGACAAAACACAGUCUUUGGUAUAAAAAUCAUCCCCAACGAAUACCAAUAGAGAACAUAAGUUAACCGAGUAGUCUCCAAUUGAUACUGGAUUCCAAUUGAAAUUCAAGGUCUAUUAUCAUCUUCAUCAUCACAGACACUUGAUGGCUCGAUUUCUGCCUGAACUUUGUUCACAGAAUUUGUUGGCAGCUAUAUUGUUGGGAUCAGAACAUAUAUUGUAAAAAGUUUAAAACUUUCCAUCUUUUGCUGAUAACUUUGUUUUUUCCAUGGAGGCCCAAUAUAAUAGGAAGAGUGAAAAUGAAACUGAAAUUGUCCUUUUGAAUUUCAUGGAAUUAGAAACCGAUAGAGUAUCAUGUCUUUUUUCU